GCUAGCGAUAAAGUAGCUAGAAGAGGUAUCCCGUUCGUUCCAUCGGGAGCUUAGCUUAAUAUUUAGAGGGCUUAAGAGGUGCUAAAAUGCGGAGUUCGUUGGGGGAACGUGCGGGAUGCGGGGAUGAAACGGCUCUUGGAAUGUGGGUGUCUGCUGAGGAUCUUUUAUAUCGAGAUCUCAUGGCACGGUAGAAAUGUAGAAAUGUAGAAAUGUAGAAAUGUAGAAAUGUAGUUUUAUCUUUUAUCUUAUUUUAAAGUAUAUCACAUAUAUCAUAUAUGACACUUUCUAGAAGAAGUAAACUCCCAGUUUGAGAAAGCAAGUAAGAAAGAGAGUUCCUUGUGUAAAGCUAUCAGGUCUAUUAACUAGGUCUAUAUAUAAGCUGUAGUUAAGCUGUCGGAUUGCCCCAUCAAUAAUGAGCACAGUGCCGCGGGUAUGUCAAUGCGGAAUUAGAAGGAUCGGACUCAUCGGAGUUUCUCUUUGGACGUGAGCUCUCGGCUCUCAGCUCUUAGCUCUCAGCUCUAAACAAUUAACACUCUCAAGCUGACCAACUUCUUGACUGCCGUGAGAAGGUUAAGCCACCCUAAGUAUGGCAUCUGUCCCAAGAAAGCUCUGGGAGCAUCCCAACCCCGAAAAGACACAGAUGCAUGAGUUGAUGCAGCGGCUGAAUAAGAAGUAUGCCACUGGCCUCAAGACAUUCCAAGAUUUAUAUCAGUUCUCCGUUACCAAGCGUUCCGACUUCUACACCGAAGUCUUUGAGUAUACCAAUUUAAUCUACACGGGUUCCUACACGAGAGCAGUGGAUGAGAGCCAGCCAAUUGACGCCAUCCCGCGCUGGUUCGAGGGUGUUCACCUCAACUGGGCCGAAAACCUCCUGUGGUCUCGCGGGCCCCAGGAUCCUACCGAUUACCACAGCACGGUAGGAAAGGAAAAUACUAAGAUCGCCCUGACCGAAAUUCGAGAGGGCGCGAGCAAAACCAGACAUGUCACGUGGGUAACGCUCCGAAAACUCGUAGCUCUCUAUGCCUCCGCCUUACACGCCGGUGGGGUUGGGCGAGGGGAUCGAGUUGUUGUCGUUGGGUCUAACAGCGUCGAGACGCUGGUGCUAUUUGCUGCCACGACAUGGCUGGGUGCUAUCUUUAGCAGCAGCUCAACCGAUAUGGGCGUUCAGGGCAUCUUGCAGAGAACGGUCCAAGUCAACCCCAAGUAUAUCUUCAUGGACGAUGCAGCUCUUUACAACGGGAAGCGAGUAGACUUACGCCAAAAGAUGACCGAGGUCGUUGCGGGGAUGAAAAGUUGUGAUCAAUUUUCAGGCUUGGUCUCAAUCCGUCGUUUCUACGACGCCUUAGAUAUAAGCAAUAUCCCCGGUGUCCAAACCCUACAUUCGUUCCUUGCAAAGGGCGACCCGUUUUCUCCUCCGCCAAUUGUUCGGAUAGCUUUCCACGAGCCUUUCCUCAUCUGUUACUCCUCAGGCACCACUGGCAUACCAAAAGCUAUUGUUCACUCCGUUGGGGGCGCUCUUCUAAACUAUCUCAAAGAAACUCGUCUUCACGAGAAUACCAACUCAAGUACUGUCACUCUGCAAUACACAACUACGGGAUGGAUCAUGUACCUCGUGUGCGUUGGCCAGCUUUUGGUCGGCGCACGCGUCGUCUUGUAUGAUGGGUCUCCUUUCCAGCCCGAUCUCCAGACUUUUAUAAAGUUGAUUGGUGACCAGAAAGUAACGAAGUUGGGCACCAGUCCACGGUGGUUCUACGAGGUUGCUAGGGCAGGAAUCUCACCCAGGCAAAUUACCGACUUGUCAAAUCUUCAAAUAGUAACAAGUACUGGUAUGGUACUCCCAGACCAACUGUUCGAGUGGUUCUACGACAAAGGGUUUCCAAGGCAUGUCCACUUAAGCAAUAUAUCUGGCGGAAGUGAUAUUGCUGGCUGCUUUGGAAUUGGCAAUCCACUUACUCCUGUCUACGUAGGUGGGACACAAGGUGUUUCUCUCGGCAUCAAAGUAGUUCUAUACGAUUCGUUACUUCCUCCUGGACCCGGAAAAGAAGUACCAGACGGGACACCUGGCGAGCUUGUGGCUACCGCCUCGUUCCCAAACGUACCGAUAUAUCUGUGGGGUGACAAGACGCCGACUGGCGUGCCUGGCCCGAAGUUCCACUCGGCCUAUUUUGCAAGAUUUGAGCAUGUGUGGGCACAUGGUGAUUUUUGUGUAUUCCACCCUGUUACCAAAAACCUCACAUUUCUCGGAAGAGCCGACGGCGUUCUGAACCCUAGCGGAGUGCGGUUUGGUUCUGCAGAAGUCUACUCAGUCCUCGAGAGGAAUUUUGCGGAUAAGGUGGCCGACUCGAUAUGCGUUGGGCAGAGGCGGCCUCAGGACAACGACGAGAGCGUAAUGCUAUUCUUGCUGAUGCGGCCGGGUCACAACUUCGACAGGAAGCUCAUAAACGAAGUUAAAGAGGCCAUCAAAAGGGAACUGACUAAGAGGCACGUACCUAAAUACGUAUUCGAGACCCCUGAGAUACCUACGACGGUCAAUCUGAAGAAAGUCGAGUUGCCGGUGAAACAAAUUGUCUCGGGUCAAAUCAUCAAGCCAAGUGGCACGUUGCUCAACCCGAAGAGCUUGGAUUAUUAUUACCAAUUUGCUAAGGUUGAAGACCUUGUUGCACCCAAGGAGAAGCUUUAAAGUGAAGCAAACGGAUAUUUGCGUAUGACUUGCAAAAUAAGGAUGAUAUUGCGGCCAUCUUUGAGUUUGAUUUGCGAAGGAAGAUUAAAGACAGUUUUGAUUUCAAAGCAAACA